AGAGGACGCCGGUGAGAGGGCGCCUCACAGAACGCACCAGCUUGUGCCCUGACGGGCUCACGAUUUCUGAUUUUGUUCGUCACCAUUCCUACGGGCGGUUCAGUGUAUCGUCCUCGUUGUUUAUGCAUUGCACAUACGGUGUGACUACCGACUUACUCACUACUUCGCAGACGUUUCGUAUAUCCAAUUGCUCAGCUGAGUGAGCUAUUAUGGAUUCGCCGACUCAAGUCCCGUAUCAGGCCUACAGAUCGAAACGGCAUUCCCGUACCGUCUCUGCUAUUCAUCUGGUUCCCAACGUCUCGCCGCCGCCUAUAUCCCGUCCAUCGAGCAUCAUCUCUACAGCUCCCUCCAUCCCAGCUCCCACGUUCACUCGUUCCCAAGAGUACUAUGAAUCUGAGAAGGUCUUGACCGUUUCCACAGAGUAUCCAACUGUCGUAACAGACAAGACUCGAGCACCCAGCGUCGAUAUAGUACCUUCGGAGGACCUUCCUUCCUCACCGACCGCCAUUGACUCAUCAACUAAUACUGAGUUACCUUCCCCUGCAAGCAUUAAUAUUGCUUUGCCAGACCCUGUUCAGGCGUCUGUACCCGAGGAGGAGUCAGUUCCACGUACAAAUGGGAAAGACAAAGAAAUCGAAGUACCAUCUUCAUCUCCCGCAUCCUCCACAAUGAAGCUGCCUGCCGCUUCUCCCAAGCCAUCCAAGUUCAGGCGCCUCCGUCCACCUACCGCAAAAUCCCCGCUUCUGAAUCCUUCGCCUCUCCGCCCGCCCGCCGCCCACUCCCCCGCACCAUCAACUAGCGUCCGUCAUCUCGAUGCACUGCAUUCACCCGCGAUGCAUAGCCGUGUCACCUCGGUUACAUCAGUGGCAUCUGCAAUAUCAGAUGGUGGUAAACUACCUCUGCCAGUCUUACUUCGACGAGAAAGCGCACCUUUCCCUCAGAAUAUUGUCAGCCCACCGCCGCGUUCAUCUUCGAUGGUUUCGCCCCUGCCACCACCAAAAAUCUACUCACCCACACCUACACCAGCAUCCCUACCGCUAGCUUCCACAUCAGCUCCAGUAUCAGCACCCACCUCAACCUCGGCUUCUCCUGCAGCGUCAACUCCAUCCCUCCCCUCCACCUCAUCUGCACCCGCAUCUUCCUCUGCGCACACACGUACAUCCACCCCUGCGCGGUCUGCAGCGCCGUAUCGUCCGGGGUUUCAACCAAGGGGUCUGUACCGCCCCCGCACGGACGAGUUUACUGAAUUACGGAAUAAACGUACUGACGAGGGGCGGGUGGAAAGGACGAAACUAGAGCGGAGACUCGAGAAGCUUAUCGCUCUACAUUUUCCUGUGGAGAAUUCUGCUGAGAAAGGCCUGGGUGCGAAGAAAGAUGAGGUCAGUGUUAAUGGAAGAGGAAGAGGAAUGGAGAAGAGGAGGGCCUCGUCGUUUUUUAAUCUUGACCUUAAGAAUAUGGAUGCGGGUGAACUGUGGAAAGGGGUACUGCAAAGCCAGAUGAAACAGGGCUCCAACGGUGAUAUUCGAGCCGCAGAGCAGCGGAUAACACCUUGGCAGGACGAUGCUGCAGUAUCCAAAUGUCCUCUAUGCACCGCUUCCUUUCACCCACUCACGAACCGUAAACACCACUGCCGCCUCUGCGGGGACAUCAUCUGCAGCCUCCCGCCAAAGCUCCCGCAGCGUCAGAGCCCCUGUUCAGUGCUCUUCGUCGUCGAUGCCAAGACACGGCGCAUCGAGGAGGUUGGGGAGGGCGUCGAUUACGGCGUGCGUCGUGCGGGCACCGGCGAUGAGGAGAAAUUUCUCCGCGGCGUCAGGGUGUGCCGCAGUUGCAGACCUGUGCUCACGCGACAGCAGUAUUGGCAGGAGAUGGCGAGCGUGCCGCCGUUUGUGAGGUUUUAUGACGCGUUUAUUAACCUCGAGAAGGAGAUCGAGGACGCCCUUCCGCAGUUUCAGGACCUGCUUCUUACGCUCAGCAAUGACGACCAGCCAACCAAAGAAGCGUCCGCAGCUCGGAAGCGCCUUCUUGAUGCCUUUGCUCAAUACGACGUUUUGGCCAAACGGAUACACGCCAUUCCGUGCAAUACAGGGUCUUCCCAGCAUCACGUGCAGCUGGCAGUGCUCACCAGGGCGAAUCUAUUUUUGCAGAAAAACAUGUUUCCACUUCAGUCUCUGCCCAAGCCCAAGAAGCGCGAUGCAACGUUGUCACCUGCAGCGCCCUUCGAGCCACCGCUUGUGGACCCCGAUUCAGACCUCGCCCACACAUUACAGCCGCUCCUGGAGCAAGAAGCUCUCCUCGAAUCCUUCGUCGGCGAGGCAAUGGCGCAUCGCAAGUUCGAAGACGCGAAGACUCUGAAGGCAAACCUCGCUGAAAUCAGAGCCGAAAUCGAUCGUAUGCUAGGAGACACGCGAUAAGACGGAGACAAGUAUAUGAUGAUAGCUGGUUCAUGCACGCAAACACAACAAUAUCUCAGGAAUCUACAAUUACAUCCGCAUCCUCAUUUUAUCGCUCGAUAGAUCUUAUGCUUUGGGGCCCUCUUACUUCACAUACACAUCACCGUCCUGUAGGAUCCAGCAUAAUAUAGGCAUGGAAAAUUGAAAGCAAGAGACAGUACU